UCUAUGAUUGUAAUGAAAUUAUUGAUCUUUUUAUGUGAUUGGUUUGUUGAAAAUAGUUCUUUCCACCAUGACCUGGUUGCACCUUUUCAGGUUGAGUCUCCUUUCCCACCUUCAGAUAAGAUUGGUAUUAACUCAGUGCAGAGAGAAGCUGAAGAGAUUGUUCCUAUGAAACAAAUGAAAAUGGACUGGGUUCCAUAUAUUCAACUUGAGAAUAGAGGCAACCAAGUUGAUAGGCUGAAAUCUCAAAUAUUCAUCUUAAGCUGUACUCAGAGAAGGGUUGCUUUGAAACAAAUGAAAAUAGAUCGUCUCAAGAAAUAUGAGUAUUGUCUGCCGUAUUUCUAUCAGCCUUUGAAGGAAGAUGAGCUUGAACAAAGCACUGAGGUUCAAAUAAUUUUUCCAGCAGAACCAAAGCCGGUUUUUUGUGAAUUUGAUUGGAGUUGGACGAACUUGAUGAGUUUACUGAUAAACUGAUUGAGGCAGAUGAAUUAGAAAAUGAUCAGAAGGAUGCUUUUAAGGAUUUUGUCAAAGAGAAAGUUCGUGAAGC